AUGAGGAUAGCUUUUCCCGACGGCCCCACCAGUCCGGAAAUGGAAACCUCUGAAGGAGGAGUCGUUCUCGACAAGAAAACGUUGAUCAUUUGGUCGUAUGUCGUUCUGGUACCGCAGCAGACACUCAAGUAUGCUGAUAUAGUCAAAUAUCAUCUAGAAGUGUAUAACUCUAUCCCCUAUCCUAUUGGAGGGCGUACGGACAAAAUCAACUGCUCGCCAGCUCAGGAUCUACUCUUCGGCCAGGUGAAGCUAACAACGACCGCCUUAGCCGCACAUGAGCACGUUCGAAGGAGAACACGUAGAGACAAUGAGGAAAUGAGAAGUCGCUUUGUACAGCCAAGGAAAAAAAAUACUAUCGCAAAAAUGAAAAAAUUUUGUGUCUUCUGCGAGGAGCGCAAGGACGAGAAGUUGCUGAAAUACAGCUCUGCUUCGAAGAAGCAGAACUGUAUCAUGAUAGCCUCACUUUCAUUGAUGGGGUACGUGGAGCAGAGUAGGAUAGAUGGAGUGGUAGGAAAAAUAUCUACUAAUAACAAGCUUAUUUGCCACUGCCAUAUAGUGGAAGCGGCGCGGUAUCUGACUGCCGAAAUGGCUAUUGUGGGGAAACAGUUGUCCUAUUACCAGGAUCCCUCCGCACAGGGAAGUACGGCGUACGUCAACACGAUGGACAUCCCCCCACAUCUUGUUGAAGCCAUCAACUAUAUUAGUAACAACAACUACGCCAUCACGGCUAGAGAUGUCGGGAUGUACCUAAAUAACGCGUUGAAAAAGUACCAUGGCACUUCGUUCUGGCCGCACUACCAAGAGCAGCAGGAGGAGCCGAUGGAAGAGGGUGGAACUCACAAAGAACUAGGAAAUUCCACAGCUCCUUGUGAGCCACCCCUGAAUGUAGAUAGCUCACAGGAAACUGUGGACAUCGAGGAGUGGGAAGACGCUGAUGAUCCGGCUUCUAGUGUGAGCGGAGAGUUGUUUUAUACAUGA